UGAAAAUCUGACUUUGCGGAAGUUGCAUGUGUCGUUUCAAUGCAGUUUAUUUACAAACUGGGUAACAUUUCAGAGUGUGUUUAAGAAUGACAUCACCACAGACACUGAACCUCUUGAGGACACAGGCAGAACAGGCGGACAAAAUCAUUGCAGAAUUAACCAGUCAGAUUAGCGUUCUUAAAGAAGCUGCAGUUUCCUAUGUAGGAAAAGAUGAGGCUGCCCGACUACAGAAAGAGAAUGAUAUUCUCAGGAAGGAAGUAGAACAAGCCAAAAUACAACUUGUAAUGGCUGAAAUACAUAAUGGAGUGAGACAAGUGUUUGUGCCAAACCGCAGUGUGUCUACAUCCGCUCCAGAUUCCACCAUGAAAACGGAGACGGUUGAGGAGAAGAAGAAGGAUGACAAACCUAAGAAAGAGAAGAAGCAAGCCCCCAAAGAAAAAAACCCUGCAGCUGCGAAACCUGAUAACAAAGCAGAAGAGACAAUCGAUAUCUCACGGUUAGAUAUGAGAAUUGGGAAGAUUUUGUCGGUGAAAAAACAUCCAGAUGCAGACACACUUUAUGUAGAAGAGGUUGAUAUUGGGGAGGAGAAAAACCGAACGGUUGUUUCUGGAUUAGUCAAGUCUGUACCACUAGAACAAAUGCAAGACCGUCUGGCUGUGUUUAUGUGCAACCUAAAGCCUGCCAAGAUGCGAGGUGUGUUGUCCGAAGGAAUGAUCAUGUGUGCCAGCACCACCCCAGACAAAGUUGAGAUUUUGAUCCCACCAGCAGGGGUGAAACCUGGCGACAGAAUCUCAUUUGAAGGCUAUCCAGGUGAACCAGAUGCAUUGCUUAAUCCAAAGAAGAAAAUAUGGGAGACCCUGAAACCAUUUGUUAAAACUGACGCCAACAAGGUUGCCACCUACAAGGGAGUUCCAUUUAAGGUGGAGGGAAAAGGCAUUGUGGUAGCUGAAACCUUACCUAAUGCACAGAUUUCAUGAUUUCUUUAUGUAACUUACAUUUUCAAGGAAUAAAAACAAUCAAGAAAAAAAAAGUGUCCAUUAAGCAGCAUAUAUAUAUAUAUAUAUAUAUGCACCAGACUAUUUGAACAGAUUUCUUGUACUAAAAAGAGCCUGCAAAAUGUUGUGUACAAAUGUCAGUUUCUGUUUUGACAAGACAACUAUAUUUUAUUAUUAAAGGUGCUAUUAUAAA